GAAAAGGCUUCACCUGCGCUCGUCGUCUCUCCUCGCGCUGCCCCCCGAAACGACGCCCUUCGUCAACCCACUGGAGGGUCCAUUGCACGUCCACUCACCCGCUCUCUCUCCGCUGCCUGCAUUCGCCGUCCUCUUCCCAUUUCCUCCAUUGGCCGCUACACAGGGACACCCGGCAAUUUGAUUCCUGACCGUCUCUGCACACCAUGGUUGGCAAAAAGUCCGGAAAGGCCCUCCUUCGGGAUGAAGGCCUCGAAAGGACGGAUAACAAUAUGGAGCUGUCGAACUGGCCUCAGAUCCCCCCGAUCAACCAAAAGAACUACUAUACAGACUACCUCAAGCGCGACGAUCAAUAUCUGGCAUUCAGACUGCAAAAUGAAGAGACGCGGAAUCGGAUGGCCAAAAACGCCAAAGACCGGGAUCGUGCCCUUGCCAUGUCUAAAGCGAACGACCUAGGUCUCCCCGAGACGGAAGCGGAUGUGGAUGGCGACGCGAAUAUGGAAGACUCGGAGGAGUCUAGCGCCGAAGCGAUUGGUUCGAAGGUGAUUGUGAUACACGUCGGCAGCCAGAACUUGCGAAUUGGUCUCUCCAGCGACGCUUUACCAAAGACCGUCCCGAUGGUGAUUGCGCGGAAAGCCGCGACAAGCGAAUCGGAAGAUCGGGAUGAGCCUUAUCCCAAAAGGCUGAAACUAGAUGAUGGCUCUGAGAUGGAGCCAGAGAAGAUGUUUGGUCCGGAGUUUGCCUCGCAGUACACCACAAUGUCCGCAGACCUCAAGGCCCAUAUGCGUCAGAACAAGCGCCGAACUCUUCCGAAUUCGAAGGAAAUGGUGAUCAAUUACAAUCGGAGGACGGUACCGGAGACCAUCUCGGAGCACAACGACCCCUCGCGUAUUGAGUGGACAGAACUCCCCGAACCGGCGCCGGAAUAUAUCGCGGGCCAGGAUGCCCUGAGGAUACCGGAUGCCUCCAAGCCUCGCUAUAAGCUGUGCUGGCCGAUGAGAUACGGGUGGUGCAAUGAGAGAGACUACGAAAGCAAAAGACUCAUGUUCUUGGACAUCUCGUUGAUUCUGGAAGAGGCAAUUAAAACCCAGCUCGGCCUUACAAGCAAAAAGGAAUGGCCCCAGUACUCGUGCGUAUUCGUCAUCCCGGAUCUUUACGAGAAAUCAUAUGUGUCUCAGGUCCUGGAGAUGCUGAUGAGGGAGUUCGCCUUUGCGCGCACGUGUUUCAUCCAAGAAAGUCUGGCAGCUACCUUCGGCGCCGGUUUUACGUCAGCCUGCGUGGUCGAUAUCGGCGCCCAGAAGACAUCGAUCUGCUGCGUGGAGGAAGGGAUGUGUAUUGAAAAUUCCCGGGUGAAUCUGAAAUAUGGCGGAUCCGAUGUCACCGAGACUUUCGUCAAGAUGAUGCUCUACGACCAUUUCCCCUACGCCGAGAUAAAUCUAUGGCGCCGAUAUGACUUCUUGCUAGCCGAGGAGCUGAAGAAGAAUAUCUGUACCAUGAACGAAGCCAGUGUCUCCGUUCAGGUCUAUGAUUUCCAUCUCCGUGUGUCCGGUCAAGAUACCAGCAAAUACACGUUCAAGGCAUAUGAUGAGAUACAUCUGGCCCCAAUGGGUUACUUCCAGCCGGAGAUUUUCGAUAAUACCCUGAAACUCAAAGGCAGAAGGAAUUUGAUAUCCCGCUCGGUCGACAUAUAUGAUGGACAACCGAAUGAUCCGUCAUCUGGAGCUCAGUCCGAAAUAUUAACCGCCCUUGCUCCUCCAUCUCCCAGCCAACCCAACGGCGAGAGCCAGCCUAACACAUUGGAUGUGCAAUCAACGCCAAGUCGCUCUCAACAGGUCAAUGCGCUCAGUCGUGUGCAAGAGCUAGAUGCCACUCCUCGAUCCUCUGUGGCCGGCUCCCCUGUCCCCGAAGCCGUUGGCACCCCUCAAGCUGGAGGUGCUGGCACCCCCGUUGCCGGCGGGCAAACGCAGAACGUGUCGCAUCCACGGGCACCGGCAGUCGAAGAGCGUGAUGACAUUCUCCCCGUUUAUCCACUGGACAACGCAAUCCUCACUUCCAUCGCCCACGCGGCUCGGUCGGAUGAACGUAAAAUGCGUGACUUCCUCGGUGGCAUCAUGCUUGUGGGAGGAGGCAGCCAGAUCAACGGCUUUCACUCCUUCCUCGAGGAGCGGCUUCAGACUCUUCGACCUGGGUUUGCCAAAGAGAUCAUGAUUGGAACCCCGCCCCGAGACCUCGAUCCGCAAGUAGUUGUCUGGAAAGGAGCCAGCAUCUUUGGCAAACUGAAUGGCACGAAUGACAGCUGGAUCGGGCAGCUGGAGUAUGACCGGCUGGGCCAUAGGUUGAUGGCCUACAAGUGCAUGUGGGCUUACUGAUAUGGGGCACAUCCCUAUGGCUUCUGGGCACCACUUUGCCCCUGUGUUCUUUAUAUGAUAAUAUUUGACGUUAUGAGAUCCCUUACUAUUGAAACGCAUUGUACUCCUAGGCGAAUGAUUGAUCAAUUUGGAAUUUAUGGAAAGGCGCUUCAAAACCUCUACUCAAACCACUACUAGGU